ACCCCGGGCCGCAGGAACCCUUUCCCCCGUCCUUCACAGGAAGCUAAGAUGGCGGCCGCGGUGAGAACCAUCGGCUCCUCUUUGGGCAAAAACCUCCGAGAGAUCCGCGUCCACCUCUGCCAGACCUCCGGGGCCAGCAAGGGGGCCAGGGACUUCGUGGAGCAGCACUACGUGAGUCUGAAGAAGUCCAACCCAGACUUCCCGAUCCUGAUCAGAGAAUGUUCUGGAGUCCAGGCCCGGAUCUGGGCCCGAUAUGGUUUCGGGAAGGAGAACAGUGUCUUGGUGGACAACAUGUCAGCUGAUCAGGUGGCCAAAGCUCUUCAGACUCUGGUUCAGUCCAAACCCUGACCCCCCCCGUUUCUACUGGAAGUGGUUCGGCCCGGAAAACUCGCCUGCUUCACUCAGUUCAUGUGUAAAUGUGUUGAUAUGAAUAAACUUCAGUGUUAUUAAUGUCUGAA